ACGUGUUGUAGUUGAGUAACAUAAAUCUACCGGUGGAUUCCAGACGAGUUUGCGCGGAAAUUUAGAAAAAAUGGAUCCUAAUUCAUUAACAAAAGAGAAACUGAGGCAAGAAUUGAAGCUGAAUGACAUAGAACUUCCAGGACCGGACGCUAAAAAGGAUGUCUACGUGGAAUUGUACCGCAAGCAUCUGUUGAAAACGGUGCAGGACUCGCCGUUAACCGAGUUUUCGAGCGAUGAGGAGUUCGAAAUCGUCAAUCAGAAACUGAAGAUCAAUAAAUCUCCCAGGAAGAACUUGGACAGUCCACGAAAAAGCAAAGGCACUCCCAGAAAGAAGGUCAAGGAACCAGAGCCAGCCACCCCAGAGAAAAUGGACAUCAGCAGCCUUUCGGAUGAGGAACUUAUGGAGAAGUUGAAAGAGCUUGGGUACUCGCCAGGACCAAUUGUUGAGAGCACCAGAGCUGUAUAUGAAAGAAAACUACAGAAUCUGCUUGACUUUGGUCCUGCAGGGGAAAGAGUAGGGAACGGGGAGGACCAAUUCAGUGCUGAUAGCUCACAAGAGGAAGAUACUGAAGAAGAACCAGAACCAAUAAGGACGAGGUCAGAUGAUGUACGUAGAAGGGCAAAACAAAGCACAGACUCCCCGGCCAAAGCACGGCCACCCUCGCCACGGAAGAGAGUGAGGGACACAGGCUACAGGUCAGCACCAGCUCCAGCUGCUGAUGUGGCUCCUCCUGCCACCUCUGGUGCUGCCCCCACACAGAAGAAACGCAGCCUGUCUCUGGUGGUGCAGGUCCUGAUUUUCGUGGUCAUUGCUGUUUUCGUCUUCCUGGUACUGCAGAAUAUGGAGCCGGCUGGGAAAUCUAAAGUUCCCAAGAUUAAGAGUUCAUAAGAAUCUGUAUGAAGAUGUUGGAGACUGAAGUGAAGUAAAUGCCAUAAAGAUAAUAUCUUUGCAUUGGGCUUUCUCAAAGACUGUAGUAACAUUUGACAUCUCUGUGUGUUCUUAAUGAGCAAAGCCUUACUGAUCAAAUGAAUGGUUUUUAGUGCCAUUGGGCAUAGGUUGAGAUCUUAUACCCCCUUUACACUGGACGGCGUCCUUUCUGCGACCAUGAAAUUUGGCAUCGCUGUGGUCUCAAUAAGGAG